AUGAAUGACGGGGAUCAUGAUGACGCGGAGCGGGAUUAUCUCGAGGAAGAUGAGUUCGACGAACAAGAUGAGGCGGAAGAAGAUCGAGCCCUGCAGGAGACUGCCAACCCUGAUACGAAAGGCAGCGCUCACGUUCUCACUCUCAGCAUGGAAGUGAAAAGUUUCCCCGGUUAGUUAGAGUGCGACAGCUUGGGUCAAUGCCAAGGUUGCUAGUUAGCAUGCGUGCGCCUGCACUAGGGGCGAGCGUGGGUCCUGAAGGGUUGCGGGCGAUGCAACGAGCUGGAAGAAAGUCCGCGUGGGCUGGUGCCCCGGAGCGGGCGCUGGGUUGUCUGGGGGUCCAGUUAUUCUAUUCGACAACUCCGGCGUCGGCUCCAGGUCCAGCUCCAGCAUCGGGCGGCCGGGCAGCGUCACAACGCCGCUCAUGAUCAUUGCUCGCGCCAGCCGGCGGCCCCGCCUCGGGAUGGUUGUGGAAGGACACUGGUCUGGAGGUGUCCUCCGAACCUUAUUUCUUAAAAGGGCCUAGCUAGUCCUAGUGUCUUUCGGCACCCAUGCGGGCCGCCACACUCGGCGGGGAAGCAAGCGCUGGAGGAGGCGCCGCCAGCUUCUCGCCCUUGGUCCCCCUCGCUGGGGGUUGCCUGCGGUCACGAGCUGAAGGCGCAGGAAGUGGGGCGUCUUCUCCUCUCGCGCCGAGGUGUUGCUCCGGGAUCUCGCUCGCGCGCCCUUUGGUGGGUGCGUAUUGGGGUUCCCUUGGUUGACGUGUUGUGUGUGUUUUGCUUUUGGCUGCUUGGGAUUCUUUUGGCGUGUGGGGUGAUCAUGUACAUGUUGGCUCGGCAGGCCAUGUCCUGCGCCCUCAGCCCAGAGAAGGCGCAGGCUGUGCCGCUGGUUUUCUGCUCCCUCUGGCGCUCUUUCUCAAGUCCACACCCCCCCGCGUCCAAAGUGAGUUUUUUGGCCGCGGGUGGCGUCAUAAAUGAGCCCUGGUGGCCGCAUUGUGUGUGAAGGUUUUGCGUGUGCGUGGAUGGCUUGAGACGGGGGCUGGGUUGUAGGAUGGGGUGGUGGGAGGUUUGCUAGUAGGCGUGCCAUCAGAGCCGCCAGCACGUGGUGGCAGGACUUCAGGGAGAGUUGAGCUUCGCGGCCAUUGUUGCCGGCGUGAGUGCGGCACGGUCAGUCUGAUUUCGGUUGGGGCCCUUUGCGUAUUUGGGGGUGAUGGGGCAAGCCCGCUUUCAUCUUCUCCAUGUGGUAGCAAGGGUGGGCCCCAGGCAAAGUGUUCUUCUGCCUUAUUUGUGUGUGUAAGUAGUGAGGACAUUCAACGUCACAACUAACAAUCGUCAAGGGUGAAGCUUUUGUAUCCGUGGCUGAGAAUGAGAGCGCGCCCGCCUUCCAAAAAAGAUGCUCCUGCAACAGCUUGCCGCGUGGGGUAUGAGCUCAGCCCAGUGGAUGCGGGUGAUCUGAUUAAAUAUCGGCAAGAGAAUUGCACUCGAAGAAAGAACCAGCGACGGCCUUUUUUUUGUAUCUAUGACAGAGAACUAAACGGUAUGGCGCCUUGUCCCACAGCACCCGACGAAUAUUACGGAAGCACAAUUACCGCAACCACAACUCGCGGCAGAAACUGGUGGUCGGUGCCAAGGGCAGAGACUACUUAUGUGACAUGGUCUUCCAUUAGGGGCGUGACGGUGAGCAACACGGCCAAGAGUGGGUUUGCAACUAGAAACAUCAUCGAUUCGCCCGCGUGGUGGAUUAUGAAAGUGAAUCCCUGGACGGAGGUUUAUCAUGAAAGGGGCCUCGGAAAUCAAGGGUACACCGGACAGACCCUCUGCGCUGGCGGGUGGGCCUUCGGGGACACCUUUUACUUCAUCGUGCCCCUUUUCUCGAUGUCGCAAAAGCGCAGCAACGCUGACAACAUCGAGUAUUAUCACAGCGGGACGACGAUCGAGAAGAACGAGCAAAUAUCUGCGUAUAUGAAUACGCAUCACAGGAACAGCACUGAGCAACAUAUAUACGGGCACGAUAUGCUUUGGGGCACUAAGACGGCGGGCGCUAAGAAGUACGCAAGAUCCUCUAUGCUGAGGACAAGGAAGGGGGCCAGAGAGUAUUGCCGCGACAACGUUGAAGGUGGCAGGCUUCCGACAGUGACUGAGUUCUAUGAGAUUCAGCGCGUCAUCUUUAAUGGGCCCGUUUGCACGUUGAGCACUUGCGCUUACUGGGUGGGCGAUAGCCAGGAGCAGGUGGAUGCAGAUGCUGCAAAAGUAGCCAUGAUUUCGGGCACCGGCGUCAUCCUCGUCGUUGCUCUUUGCGCAGGCGUUAUGCUUCUCACGGUCCUGGUAAUGCGUGCUUGGCUAAGCUACAAGCGUGCGAAAGGGCAAGAAGACGCAGAGGAGCCCUCGAGCUUCUCCUCCGCGACAGACUUUGAGCAGGAUCGCCAGCGAGCGAACGCGCCCCCCGGCACGAAGUUCCAUCCUGGCGCGGAACACCAGCAGCGUGGGCAUUUAGCUUCGCGGGGGACGCAUGCUGAAGGAGACGCUGGCAACACUACUGAGGAAGAGGCUAGAGUUUGA